UAAUUACAUUGUUGUGUUAAUUAUGUAGUUAGAUAGAUUUGCUUUGAAUAUUACAGUCGAAAUAAUAGAUUUUCAAAAUAUAAAAAUUAGAUCCACGCCCAACAAAACUCUUGACCGACGCUCCUGAUUUGUGACAUUUCGCUGAUAUGCUUCUGCCAGUGGAUAUUUUCUGGUGAGGCGCCAUUGUGAUUUUAGAGAAAAAUAAUUUUAGUUCGAGCAAAACUCACAAAAUGCUUCCUGUUGAUCCACGCAGACCCGAAAAAGUACAACGUUAUGUCGCUAAAUCAGGAAACGGCCAAGAAGACCUUACUCCAGACUACAUGAAUAUAUUGGGUCAGCACCAGACCACGGCAAAUGCAUGCGAAGCUCCCGACAAGCACUCAGAGUCCACUACCAGCGCGGAACCUAAUCUUCAAGUAGCCUCCUUGCCCCUUGAAGCGGUCCACUCGGACGAGCUUAGUAACACGAUCGCAACGUCGAAUGCUACCAACGUGAUACCCACCAGCCCUCAAUACGGCCUCGCAAUAAUCCCGACGGAAACCGUCACCGCGUUCACGGAAACGGUGACGGAUGCGACGACGAAGCCGCCGGACGAGGCGAAAGUCGACCCGCAGUCGACGCCGAGUCGCAACGAGCGCUUCAAGGUGGUCAAGAUCGCCAGCCUCGAGCCGUUCAAACGGGGCCGCUGGAAAUGCAUGGACUACGUCGACGAGCACCCGCCGCAAUCUAGUCAGUCGAAGCUGUCGCACUCGUCGGGCAACGUGCAGCUUAGUUCCACCGCCGGCUACAUGCAAACGCAGAGCAUGCCGCAGCAGCAGAUACACCAAUAUCUCGUGCAGGGCGGCUUCACCAACGGCUCGCAGUUCUUCGCUCCGAACGUGCAAACGCAGAUGAUGCCGCAGAAUCCGUACUUUUACCAGCCGCAAGUGACUAGUAACAUGCAGACGCAGACUUUACCGCAGCAAGUGCCCGCGUUCAUAAACUCUUCUCAGCCUUACUUUCACGGCGUUCAGAACGCCGGUUUCGGCGUUCAAAACUACCCGAACCCGAACGUUCAGUACGUGCCCGUGCAGAACCAGCAGAACAGCGCGUUCGUUCCCACCUCGCAGACCGUCGUUCAGCUCUCGAACUUUCAGCAGAGCCAAACGUACGCCGGCCAGCCGCUCGUCAACGGCCACAACUUUCCCGCUCACAACCAACAAGACCAACAGGUGAGCGCGGGAAGUUUGCCGGCGCAAACCGCCAAAAGUGUCAUACUGAACUCCAACGUGCAGCAAACUCUAGUGAACCAAAACCAAAUGCAGAACAACCAGCAGCAACAACCCGUAUACGCCGCGAACCCCUCGUUUCAACAGCAACAACAACAACAACAGCAACAACCGCCACAGCAGCAAGUUAUAACGCAACAGCCGCAAAACUUCGAGUGCAACGUGUACAGCAACCCGCACUUCGCGAUCGCGGGCAGCGCCUCGAGCCUGGCCAACUUGGACCAAACGGAGGCGGUUGCGGAGCCGAUUAGCUCGGCGGCGGAACCCACCGAGACGCAGACGAACCCGGUGGUGAACGCGAUCGACAACAAGAUCGAGCAGGCGAUGGACCUGGUCAAGUCGCACCUGAUGUACACGGUGCGCGAGGAGGUGGAAGUGCUGAAGGAGAAGAUCUCCGAACUGAUGGAGAAGAUCCAGCAACUCGAGACUGAAAACAACCAGCUGAAGAGCCAGAUCGGCGCGAAGACGAACGGCAACGCCGCCGCCCCCUCCUCGCUCCCGCCCCCCACUCCUAGCAUGAUCUUCAGUAUGUGCGGACUGAUGAUGAGACUGAAAUGGUGCGCAUGGGUGGCUCUCUACUGCUCAUGCGUCAGUUUUGCCAACUCCAGGGUCACUGAUGAUACGAAACAGAUUUUGAGUUCGUUUAUGUUAUCAAUAUCAUCUGUAGUCAUGUCAUACCUUCAAAACCCACAACCUAUGACUCCGCCAUGGGCAUCAGUUCCAUUCCCAUAAAUGAAUUCCGUAAAAGAUAUUUUAUAAAUAAUAGUAUUUG